CAGCCUCGAUCCCUCUUUUUCGCCCGACACACACGAGACCUCGAUUUCCUGAGCGUGCAACCUGCUUCCCUCCUUCAAAUAACAAACCGUGUCGCGUUGUUGGGGCAUCGAGAGGGAAUUUUUUCUUCCUGGGUUCGAUUUGCACGAAUUCACCUUUUCGUCUUCAACACGCUCUUUCAGCCUCGUCGCGCUUCUGAGCUGAAGGCGACUAACUCGCUUCUCGCUCUUCGCCCACUCUUCGUUUCUUCUUCCACCUCCAACAGCUGAUCUUCAAUCUUUGUACAACUCCAAAUCUUUUGGCCCGCAAAUACAUUCGCAAAGAUGUCAGACCCAGUCGUCGACGGUAUCAAUCUCGAUGCCUUGAACUACACCAUCAAGGUCCCCUACAAUGGUUCGAUUGCCACUGGUGGAAACAGUUUGACGGAGGAUCUCAACGUCUUCUACGACGCCGGCGACAUCGCCUGGAUGAUCACCUCAACUGCACUUGUGCUGCUCAUGAUUCCCGGUGUCGGCUUCUUCUAUUCUGGUCUUGCUCGCCGAAAGUCGGCUUUGUCCCUCAUCUGGCUGUCCAUCAUGGCUACGGCCGUUGUCUCCUUCCAAUGGUUCUUCUGGGGCUACUCUUUGUCCUUCUCGCACACUGCGGGCAAGUACAUUGGCGAUUUGGAGAAUAUUGGUUUCCGCAAUACCUUGGCUGCUCCGUCUGUUGGUUCUUCUAAGAUUCCUGAUCUACUUUUCGCCGUUUACCAGGGCAUGUUCGCGGCUAUUACUGUUGCUCUUGCUGUUGGUGCCGUAGCCGAGAGAGGUCGUAUGCUUCCCUGUGUCGUCUUCAUGUUCGUCUGGUCAACCCUGAUCUACGAUCCCAUCGCCUGCUGGACAUGGAACCCCCACGGCUGGGUCUACAAGAUGGGCGGUCUCGACUUCGCCGGUGGAACUCCCGUGCACAUCUCGUCCGGCUGCGCCGCCCUGGCCUACUCCAUCAUGCUCGGAAAGCGACGCGGUCACGGCACCCAGCUCUUGAACUACCGCCCCCACAAUGUCACACACAUUGUCAUCGGUACCGUCUUCCUGUGGGUUGGUUGGUUCGGUUUCAACGCCGGUUCGGCUCUCUCGGCCAAUAUGCGCGCUGUCAUGGCGGCUGUGGUCACUAACCUGGCGGCUUGCAUGGGCGGUAUCACUUGGUGCGUUCUGGAUUAUCGUCUUGAGAAGAAGUGGUCCACUGUUGGAUUCUGCUCGGGUGUUGUUGCUGGUCUCGUGGCUAUCACUCCGGGUUCUGGUUUCGUUCCAGCUUGGGCUGCUGUUAUCUAUGGUGUUGUUGGGGCCGCUGGUGCUAACUACGCAACCAAAGUCAAAUUCUGGCUCGGCAUCGACGACGCCCUCGACAUCUUCGCCGAACACGCAGUCGGAGGUCUCAUCGGCAACAUCCUCACCUCCUUCUUUGCCGCCGACUACAUAGCCCACCUGGACGGCGCGACCAUUAUCCCGGGCGGCUGGCUCAACCACCACUGGGUGCAACUGGGCUACCAACUCGCCGACUCCGUCUCGGGCGGCGUCUACUCAUUCGGCGGCACCUGUCUGAUCCUCUUCGUCAUCAACCUGAUCCCCGGCCUCUCUCUCCGCGUCAGCGAGGAAGCCGAGAUCCUCGGUGUCGACGAUGCCGAGAUUGGCGAGUUUGCGUACGAUUAUGUCGAGUUGACGCGCGAGGUGCUGAAUGGGGAUUCGGAUGAGGAUAGUAAGUAUAGCAACCACCUUGCUCAUGAAGGUGUCGCUCAUUUGCCAGGGGGCGAGAAGUUGGGUAGGAGUAGCGAUACGGAUCGGAUUUCGCGUCUCUAAACGAGCGUUGCGAGCGUAAUCGGGUGUAAUCAUGUGCGCGCGUGCGAACCAUUGUAUGGGGGUUUGAAGCUAGUUGGCAGGAUCAACCUUCGU